CUUUUCAGAAUGCUGUAUGAAAAGCCAGAUGCCUUGAAGCCAGUGAGAUCCGAUGUCUUGACAAUGACACCUUGGUUUUCCCCGAUUGUAUGGAAUGGAACCUAUAACAUUGACAUACUGAAUGCGCAGUUCCAUCAGAGAAAUGUCCGCAUUGGCCUCACUGUGUUUGCUAUUAAAAAGUAUACGGUCUUUGUUCAGACUUUUAUUAGCACUGCUGAACAGUUCUUCAUGGUGGGACAUAAUGUCAGCUAUUACAUCUUUACGGACCGUGUUGGUGACAUUCCCAAUAUCACUCUCGGAGAGGGCAGAGACAUUGUCAUCCUUGAAGUCCCCGGGUACAAGAGAUGGCAGGAAGUGUCAAUGAGGCGCAUGGAGAUGAUCCGAGAUCAUUCCCACCAACGAUUCAUCAAUGAGGUGGACUACUUGGUGUGCGUGGACGUAGACAUGAAGUUUAGUGACCAUGUUGGGGUGGAGAGUUUAAGUGAUGUGUUUGGCACAUUACAUCCUGGCUACUACAGAGCAUCUCGUGACCACUUCACCUAUGAGCGCAGGAGAGAGUCUACAGCUUACAUUCCUAGAGAUGAGGGUGACUUUUACUAUGCAGGGGGAUAUUUUGGUGGUUCGGUGGAAGAGGUCUAUAAGCUGACCAACUUCUGCCAUAACGCUAUGAUGACAGACAAGGAAAACCACAUUGAAGCCAUCUGGCACGAUGAGAGCUAUUUGAACAAGUAUUUUCUUUAUCACAAGCCAACGAAAAUUCUCUCUCCUGAAUACCUGUGGGUUCUCAGUUACGGAGUUCCAACAUACCUUCAGAGAAGAAGAUUUCUGGCACUUCCCAAAAAUCAUAUUGCACUCCGGAACAAACGGGCAUUAAAGCACAAAAAAGUCAACAAAAAAAAUGUAAUAGCUGAUAUGUUUGAGCUGUUGUAA